GCUAGACUCUUCCGCUCCAAGCUGCCCUGCUUUUUCUUCUUUUCUCGGCGUUUCACUGUUUCGGUUUCAUCUCCCGCUCUUCCAUUUUGCCGCCCCGGCGAAGUGCUGGAAGCGGAACCGAGGUUAAGCCAUGGGAGCGACCGAGCUGUAGGCCUAGGAGAUGGGGUGGGCGUCCAGGUGGCUGCGCGGCCUGCUCGGCGGCGGCAAGAAGUCCAGCUCCGGCGAGCCGAAGCCGGCGAAGGAGAAGAAGCGCUGGGGGUUCGGGAAGUCCUUCCGGGAGAAGUCCCCGGCCCAUCCACAGCCGCCGCCGCCGCCUCCGGUGCACAGGGCGGUGACUCCACUGCGGGCGUACCCGGCGUCGGAUGAGGGGGACGACGAGCAGAGCAAGCGGGCCAUUGCGGUGGCGGCGGCGACGGCGGCGGUGGCUGAGGCUGCCGUCGCCGCCGCCCAGGCAGCCGCGGCGGUGGUGCGGCUGACGAGCAGCGGACGGUGCGCGCCGGCCGUUGCCAAGCGGGAGGAGCUUGCGGCUGUUCGGAUUCAGGCCGCUUUCCGCGGCUACCUGGCGAGACGGGCCCUGAAGGCGCUGCGCGGGUUGGUGAAGCUGCAGGCACUAGUCCGCGGCAACAUCGUGCGACGGCAGGCGGCGGAGACGCUCCGGUGCAUGCACGCUCUCGUCCGCGUCCAGCGGCGCGCCCGCGCGUGCCGCGCUAUCCGCUCCCAGCAUGUCGCGGCGCAUCCUGGGCCACCAACGCCGGAGAAGUACGACCAGGCGGCUCAUGACAGCGUGCCCAGGCACGGCCGUUCUGGUUCUCUGAAGGGGAGCUCGUCGAAGACACCGGGGAGCGAGAGACUGAGCCGGGAGAGGUCGGAAUCUUGCGGUAGGAACUGGCUUGACAAGUGGGUGGAGGAGCGGUAUUUGGACGACGAGAAGAACGCCAAGAUUCUCGAGGUGGACACCGGCAAGCCCGGGCGGCAUGCCUCCAGGAGGCGCAGCGGCAGCCAGCACCACCACUCGUCUUGCUCGUCCAUGACAUCCGAACAGAAAAGCCGGAGCUACGCGACCAUGCCGGAGUCGCCGUCCAAGGACUCCACGACCGCGCAGCAGUCCGUGCCCAGCCCGCCGUCCGUGGGCAUGGCCGAGGCGCUCAGCCCGCUGCGCAUGCCCAUCGACAUCGCCGAGCUCUGUGACAGCCCGCAAUUCUUCUCGGCGACCUCGCGGCCGGGGAGCUCGCGGAGCCGCGCGUUCACGCCGACCAAGAGCGAGUGCUCCCGCAGUCUGUUCGGCGGCUACUCCGACUACCCGAACUACAUGGCGAACACGGAGUCGUUCCGCGCCAAGGCACGUUCCCAGAGCGCGCCGAAGCAGAGGCCGCAGUACGAGAAGUCCAGCUCGCUCCGGAAGGCGUCGGCGCACGCGUUCGGGCCUGGGUCGUGCGCGCCGGCGGCGCAGAGGACGACGGCGUCCUUGCAUACCAAGUUCACCAACAAGGCCUACCCUGGAUCAGGCAGAUUAGAUCGGCUGGGCAUGCCGGUCAAAUACUGAUCCUACACCGGAUCCUCCAGAUCAACCGGGACAAGUGGAAAUGUUGGAUGGGUGAUAAAGUGUGUCAACUGUGUUUAGCAAGGAUCCAGUAAAUUUAGCAGUGGGUGGCUCUUAAGCGCUUUGAGGUUUUAUUAUGGGUGCUGUUACCGUCACAGAAUUUUCUCUUGUUUUUAACUAGUUAAGUGUAAGUUGCUGGUAGCUGUUUAGUGAAAGUAUCUAUGCGUGCUUAACCUUCCUGACAA